ACUCUAUUUGAAAAGGUCCACUGAAAUCUGAAGUGUCUGUGUGGAGAAGAGGUGAAAGUACGGAAUGGGGAGGCCUCCUUGCUUCGAUAAAGUUGGAGUGAAGAAGGGGCCAUGGACCCCUGAGGAGGACAUCAUCCUAGUCUCUUACAUCCAAGAACACGGUCCAGGAAAUUGGAGAUCAGUGCCUACCAACACUGGGUUAUUAAGGUGCAGCAAAAGUUGCAGGCUGAGAUGGACUAACUACCUCAGACCAGGAAUCAAACGAGGGAAUUUCACUCCCCAUGAAGAAGGGAUGAUAAUACAUUUUCAAGCUUUAUUGGGUAACAAAUGGGCUGCCAUAGCUUCUUACCUCCCGCAAAGGACAGACAAUGACAUAAAAAAUUAUUGGAACACCCACCUGAAGAAGAAGCUGAAGAAAUUUCAUCCAGUCUUGGACCCAACGGUAGCAUCAGACUCAACUACAACUCAGUUUGUAACCAAGAGCUUUAAUGAGAGUAGAAGCUUAGAUAUCAUCUCCAACCCUGCCGGCCCAUCUCUCAGGCUAAACCAGUCCUGUACAUAUGCCUCAAGCACGGAGAACAUUUCACGACUGCUAGAAAGCUGGAUGCAGAGAUCUUCACCAAAGACUGACACCCAUCUCAGAGGACCCCACGACAAAAUACUUGAGGAAGAAAACAAUGAAAAAAAGAGCGAUUUCGGCAGCUCCGCAGCGAUGACUAAUCUUCUUCACUGCUACCAACCCAAAGCCGAACAAGAAGGUAACGGUGAUUUGGUCUCUCACGAAGAGUUUGAUUCGAUGUUAUCCUUCGAGAAUAUGAACAAUGCAGCGUGGGACAAGUCGACCUGCGAUUCUGUGCCCGAUCAGAGUCCUCGAACUGCUGCUGCUGCUGCGAAUUGUGAUCAGAAAGUUGAUGUGACGACGGAGCGAAAUAAACUGAGAUCUGAGAAAAAUCCUCCAUUAUCAUUUCUUGAGAAGUGGCUCUUGGAUGAAAGUGCUGGCCAAGUAGAGGAUGAUCAAAUGAUGGAUUUGCCUCUAAUGUUCUAAGAUCAUGAUUUAUUCUUUCAGAAAGCUCGUAGAUAUAUAUGAUUCGAAUCCGUCUUUGCAAAAGCAUGUAAUUUAGAAUUUCUUAAUGAAUUAUCUUAAGUGA